UAGCAAGCAGUGUGCUGCCCAUUCAGUUUCAACGCGCAAUCCUCUACGAGUCAAAGCAGGAGUUUUCGGAAUUAUUAAAAAGUUUCCACUUUCAGUUCGGACUAUACAGAGUGUACGUGCUAUCAGUGACGGUGGAAAAUGGCCCUGCAAUACCCGUCGUCCUUUCAAAUCCACCAAAAUUUCGAGAAAUUGACUUUCCAGUACGAGCCCCAGUUGUCCGUCGAGAGCAACCCCAGCUUGUCCACGUGUUCAACUCCUUCCACGCCAGGCAGCCCCAUCGACUUCGAAAUCCAAAUAGCUUCCGAGGACGACAGAGAGCGGAUCCGGGAGUUCCUUCAGAACUUCUUCUACAAGGACGAACCGCUCAACUCCUUUCUGGAGCUCAUCAACGAGGAGAACCCCAGAUGCUACGACUUAGAGAAGUUCACCCUCCAGGAUCUGGACAGCGGUCUGAACCUCUUGGCUGUUUACGAUGGGAAAAUUAUUGGCGUGUGUCUGAAUGGCAUCAUGCAAAGGGGAAAACUUGAGGAAGAAUUCGUUUGUGAAGAUGAGAAGUUCAGCAAAAUCGUCAAGUUGCUUCAACACAUCGAAGAAAUUUCAGAUCCGUUCCAAAAAUAUCCUGGAGUUGAUAAAGCGAUCGUUGUAAAAAUUUUGUCGGUUGAUGACACAUAUAGAGGAAGAGGCAUAGCCAAGGAACUCAUGUCUAAGACCAUAGACCUGGCCAAAGGAAGAGGAUGCGGUUUUUGCUCGGUGGACUGCUCCAGCUAUUACACUGCACGCGCUGCCAAAAAACUAGGCUUCGAGCUGCAUUAUACUCUCAAAUAUGAGGAUUACAAAGUUGAUGGGAAGUCCGUAUUCGACCCUGUGGCGCCCCACAAAGCCAUGACCGUUUACACACAGAAGAUUUCUUAAAUACGGUACGAAGAUAAUGUACUGGGUGAUACGAUGAAAAUAUACCCAAAAGACCUUUUUCAUUUUUUGCUGUAUAAAAAAACAGCGAAAACAGAAUAUUUUUGUUUUUGCUGUUAUCGCUGUUCUCCUCUCUGUAUCAUAUCAGGUGGCUUAUUGACCCCCCUUUGCGGGGAGCAUCCCACCAUGCCCAAUUCCCACCAUGCCCAAUUCCCACGAUGCCCAAUUCCCACGAUGCCCAAUUCCUAUGAUGCCCACCUCCAUGUCGACGAUUACGAAAACUGCCGAAGAGCGCAACGUUGCCAGGUCAACAGAAAAAUACAGAAAACACAAGAUACCCACCAUGCCAACUCCUCAUAUAUUCCCAUGAUGCCCAAUUCCCACCAUGCCCACUUUGCAUACUUUCCCACGAUACCCGAUUCCCACCACGCCCACUUUUCAUACAUUCCCACGAUGCCCAAUUCCCACCAUCCCCACUUUUCAUAUAUUACCCACGAUGUCCAAUCCCAACCAUGCCCACCCUCUUUAGUUUCCCACCAUGCCCACCUUUCAUGCAUUCCCACGAUGCCCAGUUCCCACCAUGCCUACCUUUAUCAUUGUGGGAAUCCAGAUAAGGUGGGCAUGGUGUGAAUUGGGUAUCGUGGGAAUGCAUGAAAAGUAGGUAUGGUGGGAAUUGGGCAUCGUAGGAAUUGAGUAUCGUGGGAAUAUGAUAUAAAAAGUGGGCAUGGUGGGAAUCUUGGGUUUACUGAAUUUUUUUCUUGACCUGGCAUGUUGCGCUCUUCGGCAAUCUUCGUUAUCGUCGACAUGAAGGUGGGCAUCGAAGGAAUUGGGCAUCGUGGGAAUUGGGCAUCGCGCAACGCACCCUCUUUGGGCUAUAGGCACUUUGCCCUUUAAUGUAAUACUCAUUGACAAAUAGAGGAGUAAACAUAAAAUAUUGAAUUUUUUUUAUGAUAAUAUAUUAUUUAUUAUGUAGUAUUCAAUUUUUUUUGCUUACAUAUUUUGCAGACAAAAGCGUAUAAUUGAUAAACUUUCCAUUAAGAAUUAUGAAAAUUUUAUUAGUUUUUAUUCGAACCAAGUCAAAAUUAUCGAAAUAGAAUUAUAAAUACCAGGUGUUCACCUUCCGUUGUCACCCAGUAUAUUUACUAUUCAGGAAACAAGGCACAAGUCAUCUAUACCAUACAGGGUGUCCGGAAAGGUCAUCAUAAAUAAUAGGGCUGAUAGAGUGUGUCAAAAUAAUGUUAGUACUUCAUAUAAAAGAAUGUGUAUCUAUCCAUCUAUCUAUCUAUCAUUUACGACAUGACCUUUCCGGACACCACGUAUUUAAUCUCACGAUUUUCUGAACAUGUUUUGGGCGCAGUGUUAAAGAAAAUGGUGGAAAUGAAGAACAUAGUUGGUAUACUCACUAUUAAAUCAAAACAAAUGGGCAGAGUGCCCACAGCCCAAUGGGGUUUUAAAGGAGGGUACUAUAAUAGCCAUUACCCACCUGGUCAUUCAAGGAGAACAGUGAAGGAACUAUAUGUUUUUCAUUUCCACACUUUUCCCUAACACUACUAUUCUUCUUGUGUACAUCACUUAUCGUGUCUUCUUUCCUGAAUAAUGUUGAUGGUUGGAAUGUAUUAUUUUACAGUUUCAAUUGAUAGUUCAUUGAUUCAAUUAUUGUGAUAAAGAUAAAUCUGUUGAGAAUUGAGCUCAUUUUGUAUAUAGUUUUAAUAAUGUUCUGUAAGACUCCUCACACCACAAAUGUUUCAUUGCCAAGAGCAGUCUAUAAGUAUAGUUAGGUUUACCUAUAGAUACAGUGUGACCCAUUUAAGACCGAAGCACCCUUAUAAAAAUCUAUAAAUGUCAACUGAUUUAUUUUCUUUUUGUUUCCGCAGAAAGAGUAUUCGAAGAUAUACGUUCAUUCAAAUUUGCAAAAUAUAAUUCCAAUUUUCAGGGCAUAUACUAUGUUAUUUUUUCAUGUUAAAAAUUGCAAAAAAUAUCAUAAGCAAUUUUUUUUUUUUCAAGAAAAUUCGACCCCACUAAUGAAUUUAGCAUCCUUCAAUCAGGUUAAACGCAUAAUUUCAUUGGAAAAUUCCAAUUGAUGGCGACAAAGUUAUAACAACGUUAUCUUUGGUAACACGAUUUUUUAUUAAUAAUUCAGACACAUUCUGAGAAGCGGCAACAUUGUCAACACAAAUGUUGGAAAUGAUUGAAGUUUCUGGUAGUCAUUUGAUUUAAUAGCACAAAUUAUCAUCGAGUAAAUGAACUUUAUCUUGGUAUUCAUGAAGAUUCAUAAAAUAAAAAGUCCAUAACGUCGAAAAACCGGCUUGUCAUAAUAAUUAUCAUCAAUAACCAAGUAUUUUCGUAUCAAAUAAUAAGUAUAUUUUUUAAUGACGGUAUAACUUGAUAAUAAUUCUUGCUAUUAAUUUACCAGAAACUAUUAUACAAUUAUUUCAAACAUGUGUUUUGACAAUGUUGCCUCAUCUCAAAAUUUUUCUGAAAUAUUCAUAAAUAAUGGUGAGUUAACUUAAUUGCCAAUUGAAAUUUUAUAAUAAAAUUUUGCGCUUGACUUAGUUGAAGGGUGCUGGAUCCAGUGGUGGGGUCGAUUUUUUUUAAAACUAUCGCUAGUGCUAUUUUGCAAUUUUCAACAUGAAGAAAAUAACAUAGAAUGCCCUGAAAAUUGGAAUCAUAUUUUCCAUAUUUGUGUAAACGUAGAUCAUCCGAUACUCUUUCUGUUGAAACAAAAAAAAAGUAAUCUGUUGAAAACUAUAUAUUGUAUAUAGAAGAAUUUUUUGUUUAGUAUAGAUAUAUAAGAAGAAGACAAGGAACAAUAAUGCUCAUUCAAAACAACUUUGUGUCAAAUACGAGGUGUCAAAAAUUACUUUAACGAUUUUUUUUUCAAUUUUAUUUUAGGUAUUUAAUGCUAGGUAUUUGCUGUGUAUUGUACCUGAUAUUUAUGAUCAAUAUACCUAUUGUUUCAUCUUCGAGAUAUUGAUACUUCAUUGUAAUAAGAAAAAAAUGAGGAUCAUUGAUCAGUAAAUGAAUUAGUUACAUAAUAUGACCUUGACAUCAAAUAUUAUCUUGGUCGGAAAUUUCAAAAGAAUUAUCUACAACUUCACAAAUUGUAACAUAACAGAAUUUCAAAUCGGAGCAAUAUGAUUCAACCUCUCUCGAAUUCUUGGCUACUUUUUACCAAGAUGAUUUCUGAUAAAUUGGUAUAGAUAGGUAGGUAAGUAUUCAACUUUUCAGAGUAUAUAUAACAUAUAUAUGUAUAUUGUAAUGGUGGACUUAAGUGCAUGCCAAUAAAGAGAUUUUUCCAUUUA